GACAUGAUUGUCAUGCCGUGGACGGUGCAGGUGGUGGUGGUCUUGCUGGCAAUGGUUCUGCUGCGUGGAGUGGAGGGUAUGAAGAGUGGGAGUGAGCCAUGUCAUGAUGUGGUGGUUACUGCUCUGGGCUCUAUCCGGGGCGUGUGCAACGGGUCGUUCAGUGACAUGCCAUUCCGGGUGUUCAAGGGCAUCCGGUACGGCGCAUCGACAGGCGGAAGCAACCGAUUCAUGCCGCCGAUCGCAGCCGCGCCGUGGAAGCCGGCCACGCUCGACGCCACCGCCUACGGCUGGGGCUGCAUCCAGACGGACCACAACCCAGACGUGCCCAAGAACCAGUCGGAGGACUGCCUGUUCCUGAACGUGUGGACGCCGUAUGGUGCCGAAGCCGGCGACAAGCUCCCGGUCACGUUCUUCAUCCACGGCGGGACGUUCAAGGAGGGCGCCGGCUCGUUGUACGGCGGCGGCGGCAUUGCCGGCAUCCACAACAACAUCCUGGUCACCAUCAACUACCGGCUCGGCCCGCCGGGCUGGGUCGUCACCGGGCCGAUCAAGGGCAACAUGGGCCUGCAGGACCAGCUCCUUGCCCUCGCCUGGGUCAACGACCACAUUGCCGCCUUUGGCGGCGACGCCAGCAAGAUCACUAUCCAGGGUGAGUCGGCCGGCGCCAUGUCGGUCGGCAUCCACCUGACGUCGCCGGCCGCCCGCGGCCUGUUCUCCAAGGCCAUCAUGGAGUCAAACGUUGCCGGCUACCGCUACCGCGAUGCCAAGGCGCAGGCCGUCUACGGGCGCGCCUUUGCCAAGGACCUCGGGUGCGCCGCCGACGACCUUGUCUGCAUGCAGCAGGCGCCGGUCGCAGCACUCGACGCCGCGACGCGCAAGGCAGCGCAAGACCCAGUGGCGUUCAUCUUUGCCAACCCGACCCACCCGCUGGACGGCUUUAUCCAGUGGGAGCCGACUGUCGGCACCGAGCUCUUUCCCGAGCAAGUUCUCGACGCGCUCGCGGCCGGUCACUACGACCCGUCGGUCCCGAUCCUGAUGGGUACCAACGCGCAGGAGGCUGUCGCCUUUCUCGGCACCACCAACAUCUCGGGCAUUGAGUACGAGGCCGCGCUCGACAUCAUCUUUGGCCCGCUCCACGCCCAUGAGAUCAAGUCGCACCCGCAGUACGCGCCGCCCAAGGCCGGCGAGUCGGCGACCUUUAUCUUCUCGCGCGUGCUGACUGACUACUGGUUCGAGUGCCCGUCGCUCGCGUAUGCGGCGCACUUUAAGGCUGCGUACGUGUACCUCUACAACCACCUGCUCUCGUUUAAUCCGUUCGGCCACUACCUUCCGCAGUGUGUCGACUACGUGUGCCACGGCGAGGAGCUCGCGCUCGUCUUUCGCGGCGAGCUCUUUGGCCAGUGGUUCACCCUCCCGCCAGUCGAUCUCUCGCUCUCGGAGCGGAUGAUCGACUACUGGACGGCGUUUGCCACGAGCGGAAGUGUCAACACCGGCUCAGGUGUUGGCUUUGAGUGGCCGUCGCUGGUGGCGUCGGCAAAGCGGAUCGUGUUCAACGACACGCUCGCGACAGAGAGCCUCCCUUCUGUCUGCGCCAUGUGGGACAAGUUCGGGUACAACCACUGAGAAGAAGGCCGAGAGAGAGAGAGGUCAGUUUACUCGGCGCCAAACAUGUCCUUGAAGGCGGCGCGGACGGCACGAAAGUCGGCGGCGUGCGGAGCGUCCGAGCCCGGCUCGGUGCCAAAGUUCUUAAAGGUGCGCCAGCGCAUGCGGA